AUGCCGACGGACGGAAAACAGCCGAGUGCAAAUGAGGGAGCGACUGACAGUAUUACACAGCUCAAACCUCCUGCUCAGUUAGACUUCGAUACGACAUACUUGGCUGACACUUAGAUAAGAUGGAAGCAAGAAUUAGAAUUAUAAAUGGAUUUGGCAAUGAACGAAGGCGACGAAGACAGGGCGACGAAAGUAAAAUUUAUGUAUUUCUGUAUUUAAUCGGCGGUCAAGGGAGGGAAAUUUAUGAUACGAUGGCCUUCGCAGUUCCCGCGUCGCAAAGAACUUUAGCCCAGGUGUAAUCCGAGAAAAAAUGAAACUGUUGAAAGCUUCAAGUAUUUCUCCUGUAUUUAGGACCCAGGUGAAUCAUAAGAAAAGUUUAUUACAGAUUUGAAGCUGUUAGCGACGACCUUUAACUUCGGUGAUCUUAAAGAUUUGCUGGUGAGAGACCAGAUCAUUUGUGGAACCCAGGACCAGCAGCUUCGAGAAGAACUGCUUUAGAUUCCAGUAUUUUAUUUACAAAGAUGUUUCAACGUUUGUGGAGCGGCCGGACUAAACGGACACGGACUAAAACUUUGGAAGAGGGCGAGGCGGUAGACUUACUGAACGGGCAAACGAAGCGCGUCAAGGUGUCUGUUAGCAAAAGCAUGGCAAUUCUGCUAACAAAAGGCGCGAAAAUGAUGACCAGGACGCGAAAGAUUCCAGACACAAAGAAGUACUGAAAUGGAAAUUCUUUGGCAGAAAACAUCGUGCUGCCAAGUAAAGUUGCUCAGCGUUCGGUUUGCGGAAAAAUGAAUCAUUUCGCUUCUCAUUGCUUUACUAAAACGAGAGGAUACGUCGUCGAAUCAGAUAGUGAAAGCGAACUCAAUGAAUACUGCCUCAUGCUUCGCUCGGUGGAUGAAAGUGAAGUAAUUAGGAUUUAUGCAGCGAGCGAUCAGGAAUAUGCCAAAAAGUUGUUUGUUACAAUCAACGUCGGAAAUACACUAGUCAAGUUUCAACUGAAUAGUGGCGCGACAUGGAAUUUGAUUCCCGCAAAGUUUCUUCGACCUGAAGUCGAACUGUUUAAUUUCCUACGCGGAAAUUACCCACAAUGUACAACAACAAAAUCAUGAGACCUCUUGAAAAGUGCACUGUAGCAGUAUCUAACCCUAAGAAAACCAAAACGUAUCGGAUCGAAUUUGUUGUUGUGGACGAUGACUAGUCGACGCCGAUUUUAGGAAAUCCAACGAUGCAGCAGAUGGCUUUUUUCAGGGUGCAACAUCAAAACGUUAUGGCCGUCAAUACUGUGGUUCAACGCAGUAGUCAGUGCCUCUUUCAAUUAAAGAAGUCUUAAGCUCUGGCUAUAAAAAGGGAUCCACCAUGUACCAGGCCGACACCCUAGGUGGAGCUUAUUUACCCUACAAUGGAAGCUAGGAAGUCCCUUCAGAGAUUAAGAGCAUCAACAUGACACAGCACAUCCAUUUAAGCAAGUUCCCUUCAAGAAAUUAAAGACCACAGGCAGAAGGAUAACAGCCUUCUAGAGCUGAUCAAAGUCAUUAAGGCUGGUUGGCCUGAAACUCAAGGGGAGUUGUUUCAUCUAGUGUUGCCUUUCUUUGACGUUAUGAUGAGUUGA